AUAGCUUCUUAUUGUUCUCUUUUCCGCCUAAGUUUCUCUUUCAUUCUCACGUUGGUUAGAGUAUACUGAAGCAAAAUGGUGAACGGCCGCAUCCCGUCCGUUCACAGUAAGACGUAUGUGACGCCGCGUCGUCCUUAUGAAAAGGCUCGUUUGGAUCAGGAGCUGAAGAUUAUUGGAGAGUACGGACUGCGUAACAAGCGUGAGGUGUGGAGAGUCAAGUACACUCUGGCCAAGAUACGUAAGGCUGCUCGAGAAUUGCUCACUCUUGAAGAGAAAGAUCAACGUAGGCUGUUCAACGGCAAUGCUCUGCUGCGUCGUCUCGUGCGUAUUGGAGUGUUGGAUGAGGGCAGGAUGAAGCUUGAUUACGUUCUUGGUCUCAAGAUCGAGGACUUUUUGGAGAGGAGACUGCAGACACAGGUGUUCAAGCUGGGGUUGGCCAAGUCUAUCCAUCACGCUCGAGUACUCAUCAGGCAGCGACACAUUCGAGUUCGCAAGCAGGUGGUUAACAUCCCCAGUUUUGUUGUCCGUCUCGACUCUCAGAAGCACAUUGACUUCUCUCUCAAGUCUCCGUUCGGUGGUGGACGUCCUGGCCGUGUAAAGAGGAAGAACUCUCGCAAGGGAACUGGCGGUGCUGCUCAGGAGGAGGACGAGGAUUAAACCUGUUAAUAAACGUUACAUUGUCUUAAAUAA